GGGAUCGCUCUCGCGACGUCGAGGCGUCUCGAUCGUCGCGAUGGCGGGCCGGCGGAAGAAGCAGCAGAAGCGAAAGGAGAAGUCGUCGUCGUCCUCGCCGCCGGCGUCGCCGUCGCCGGCGUCCUCCGGCGAUCCCGCGGCGUCGCCGGCGUCGCCGUCCGCGUCGACGAACGACGCGUCACCGCCGCGCGGGCCCGAGCGACUCUCCCAGAACGACUGGGCCGAGAUCGAGCGUCAGAACGCGAUCGCCGCCGCCGCGAAAGCCGCCGCGCCGGGGCCCGGCCCGGCGCGAGACGGUAUCCUGGACAAGCUCCUCAGCUCCGACGCGAUGCUGCUGUUCGCGGUGGACGGCGUGUGCCCGGAGCUCGUGAACGGGCGAGUCGCGAUGUUCGGGUUUUUCACCGCGCUGAUCAAAGAGCUGGUCACGGGGCAGUCGUUCACGACGCAGCUGGCGUAUAAUCUCACGCACGGCGUCUCGCCGACGAUCAUCGCGCUCGUCCUCGUUGGCACGCUCGCGCCGUCGUUCAUGGCGGACGCGAAGGAGACGCCGUGGACGGGCGGCGACGGCGUCGCGCGGUACAACGACGACGCCACGGCGAAAGGGAAGCGGCGGUACCUGUGCGAUCCGAGGGCGCUCGACGUCAGGCGCGUUCACAUGAUUCACACUGGUCCCCAUACGACCGCCGGCUUGCCCGGGAUCGAUUCGCCCGUCGGUCGCCUGGGGUUCGCGCCAGUCGCGGAGCUUUGGAACGGGCGCGCGGCGAUGACGGGGUUGAUCUUGACGUUCGUCAUCGAGGGCGCGCUCGGGCACGGGAUAUUCAGGGCGUGACGCGACGCGAUUACGCGACGCGAUGGAUGAUGGACGGAGGAUGGAUCGACAGAGGGAAUGGGGCGCGGGCGUCGCGACGCCGAAGAAUACCUGUAGUAUCACUUUUUACAGUAUG